CCCAAUAAGUAAGCCCGAAGAGACUUGUUUGCUUGGUGAUGCCGGCAGAUAAGCCUGGCAAAGCUCGGUGUGAUUGAAGAAGCCAGUCUGAGACUCAGCCUAGCCCAGGCAAGCUACUGGACCCGGGCUCUGCUCAGCAAACCUCGACACAAUGGUGUUCACAUUUUGGAAAGUAUUUCUGAUCCUACACUGCCUUGCAGGUCAAGUUAGUGGAGUGCAAGUGACCAUCCCAGACAGUUUCGUGAAUGUAACUGUUGGAUCUGAUGUCACUCUCAUCUGCACCUACACCACCACCGUGGCCUCCCUGGACAAGCUUUCCAUCCAGUGGACAUUUUUCCAUAAGAAGGAGUUACAGCCAGUUUCAAUUUACUAUUCUGAAGGUGGACAAACUGCAGUCAACGGGCAAUUUAAAGAUCGAAUUGUAGGGUCCAACGCCCCAGGCAACGCAUCCAUCACUAUUUCAAAUAUGCAACCAGCAGAUAGUGGCAUCUACAUCUGCGAUGUUAACAACCCCCCGGACUUUUCUGGCAACAAUCAAGGCACCCUCAACGUCAAUGUGCUAGUCAAACCUUCUAAGCCCUUUUGCAGCAUCCAAGGAAUACCAGAAACUGGCCAUCCUGUAUCUCUUACUUGCCUCUCAGUGCUUGGAACACCUUCCCCUGUGUAUUACUGGCAUAAAGUUGAGGGAAGAGACAUCAUCCCAGUGAAAGAAAACUUCAACCCAGCCACCGGGAUUUUAUUUAUUGGAAAUCUGACCAAUUUUGAACAAGGUUAUUACCAGUGCACGGCUAUGAACAUCCUUGGCAAUAGUUCCUGUGAAAUUGAUCUAACUUCAUCACAUCCAGAAGUUGGAAUCAUCAUCGGGGCCUUGGUGGGUACCCUCGUAGGUGCUGCUAUUAUCACCUCUGUGGUGUGCUUUGCAAGGAGCAAGGCAAAGGGGAAGGAGAGGAAGAGAAAUUCUAAAACCACCGCAGAACUCGAACCAAUGACAAAGAUAAACCAAAGUACAGAGUGUGAGGCAGUGCCAAAUGAAGAUGUCAUCCACCUGGAAGAAACUCUGCCACCUUCCAUCCAUGAGGCUGAGCCUGAUACCACCCUGGGGCCAGAUCACGAGCCUAUCCCUGAGCCUGAGCCUGCCGAAGCGCCCAAGCUUGUCCCCGUGCCUGAGGUCGAGAUCCAGCUGGAGCCAGAGCCCAAGCCUCAGCAGGAGCCGGAGCCCGCGAUUGUAGUUGAGCCCUUGGGGGAUGAGGAAAAGGGGGCGAUGAAGCUGUAAGCCGGCAGCCUCAGUACAGUGUUCAUCACUAAGGAACCCAUUACUGGCAUUUGGAAUUCUGUUGACCUAACCAGUCUCCCACCACCUCCUUCCAUUCUGGCCAACCCUCUUCUAACAAGGUGCUCCAACCAUCAAUCCAAAUAGACAGGUUAAGAUAACUACUAAAUAAAUGCAAGGGUUCCUGCA